CCAUCUCCUGGCCGUUCUUACAGGAUAUGGAGACUGCGACCCUUAAACCUCUCGCCGCCGCGCUCCCGCCACCACCCUCAUUGAACCACCGCAUCCUCACCGCCACCACCGUUCCCCACUUCAAGCAAAUCCACGCCCAAAUCCUACGCUCUGGCCUCGACAUCUCCGCCCCAUUCCUUUCCAGGCUUCUCGCCCUCCCCCUCGCCUCGUCGCCUUCUUCCCUCGACUACGCCCUCUCCGUCCUCCUUCACUCGCCCAGCCCCGACUUCCGCCUCGCCAACCGCGCCCUCCGUGCCCUCUCCCGUGCCGCCGACCCCCGCCGGACGCUCGUCGCGUACGGCCGCCUCCGCCGAGCCGGACUCGCCCUCGACCGCUUCAGCUUCCCAACGGUGCUGCGAGCGGCGGCGAGGGCCCGGGGAGUGGCCGGCGUGUUACUGAAUUGCCUCAUAUGCUUUCUGAAACCGACCGGCAGCUAUUGUCAGAGUGGAUGUUACAAUGAAGCCCUGCAGCUGUUUGAUGAGAUGAAGAGCUCUGGCGUAAUCCCUGAUCGAGUGAUCCUCGCUACCAUCCUUUCGGCAUGUGCGCGGACUAGAAAUUUGACAUCCGGUGGGGCAGUGCACUCGUACAUUGUGGAAUCUAACCUCUCAAUUGAUGCCCAUCUCCAGAGCGCGCUUAUUAGCAUGUACUCCAAUUGCGGAUCGAUGGACACUGCUCAGAGAUUGUAUGAUGAUACGUCAGCUAAGAACCUGGUGGCAUCGACUGCAAUGGUCUUUGGGUAUGCCAAGCUCGGCAAAAUUGCAGUUGCACGAAGUAUCUUUGACCAGAUGACUGACAAGGACCUUGUCUGUUGGAGCGCGAUGAUCUCAGGGUAUGCUGAGAGUGAUCAGCCGAAUGAAGCUCUCAAGUUGUUCAAUGAGAUGCACCUCUUAGGUGUGAAGCCAGACCAAAUCACCAUGUUGAGCGUCAUCUCUGCUUGCGCUAAUAUGGGUGCAAGAGAUCAAGCUAAAUGGGUUCAUAUCUUUGUGGACAAGAAUGGAUUUCAUCAAAUUUUGUCGAUAAGGAAUGCUCUUAUUGACAUGUACUCCAAAUGUGGAAGUUUGGUUGAUGCACGCACAAUCUUUGAUGAGACAGCCUUUAAGGAUGUGAUUACCUGGACAAGCAUGAUCACUGGGUUUGCGAUGCAUGGAAAUGGGAGGUCUGCGUUAGCAGUCUUUGAUCAUAUGAUAUCGGAGGGGGUAAAGCCUAAUGGAGUGACUUUUAUCAGCCUGUUAUACGCUUGUAGCCAUGCUGGCUUAGUCGAUGAGGGUCGGAGGAUAUUUGAGUCCAUGAUCCAAGAUUACAGACUUGAGCCCAAGCAUGAGCACUAUGGUUGCAUGGUGGAUCUUCUUGGUCGUGCUAGACUUCUUCAAGAAGCACUCGAGUUCAUAGAAUCAAUGCCGUUUGCCCCAAAUGUGGUGGUGUGGGGGUCACUGCUAGGAGCAUGCAGGAUUCACGGUGAUGUUAAACUAGGCGAACUUGUGGCAAGGAGGCUACUAGAGCUUGACCCAAAUCAUGAUGGUGCUUAUGUGCUCCUGUCCAACAUAUAUGCAAAGGCUAGCAGGUGGGAGGAUGUGAGAGAGGUGAGAAACUUGAUGAAGAAUAAGGGAGUAAUUAAGGAGGCAGGAUUUAGUUGGAUUGAACUAAAUGGUCAUGUGCAUGAGUUCAUGAUGGGAGAUAAGUGUCAUCCAAGAUCUAGUGAGAUUUAUGGGAAGCUGGAUGAGGUUGUAAAGGAAUUGGAGCUUGUGGGCUAUUCUCCGGAUACAGCGACUGUUUUGGUUGAUUUGCAAGAGGAGGAAAAGAGGGAAGCCAUUCUGUUGCACAGUGAGAAGUUGGCUCUUUCUUUGGGGCUCAUCGACUCGAAGAAAGGCUCUUCGAUUCACAUUGCAAAGAAUUUAAGAGUAUGCGACGAUUGCCACACUUUCAUGAAGUUGGCAUCAAAGGUGUUUGAGAGAGAGAUCGUUCUGAGGGACAGGACCCGGUUCCACCACUACAAAGAUGGGGUUUGCUCCUGUGGAGACUUUUGGUGAUUGGCCAGGGCGCAGUUUUGAUUGCACUGUAUAUGUAUAAUUUAUGAUGAACAUUAGAUGGUAAUCAUUGUUACGGGCUUCAUUUGUAACGUGUGGAAACAUGAGAGGUGAUCAGAUCAGUCCUGAUGACUACAAAGGAGUAUCGGAUCUCGUUGUAUGCGCUUGUUUGAAUAACUUGAAAAAACUCAUAUACGUGAAUUUUUUUUGUUGUGUUAUA